CAUAACCCUCCUUUCCACACCCCUUCCACCCCACAGCCCUCCUUCCCCCUCUUUCUCUCCCUCUCUCCCCCCGUCAGAGCGCGCGCGAGGCGGGACGCAGGAGAAGAGAGAAAGGGGCUCGAGAGGCGGAACGGUAACGGAUCGAUCACGUGCGGGACCCAGCAGAAUAUCUGGAUAUAUCACUAUCACUACUGCGCACGAGUAGAAGAGAGGCACGCGCGCACACACGUUUACACACACAAAGAAACACACACGCACACACGCACACACACACACACACAUACGCGAGGGAAAGUUAAAGAGCAACGGACCGGACGCGCAAGAAUUCCCGGACCUUGCAAACAAAAAUUCCUGAAGCAAAGAAUUGUGGGAGUGUCCUGAACCACUGCUGCAGACACCACACCAACAAACAUAACAGACUCCACCGACUGCCCUAGAUCUGCUGUCUGACUGGUCUACUGCCAACCUUCUUUUCCUUUCAGGUACUUUGUAUCAUCUGCAACAUGAAAGACAUUUGUGAGCUUCUAUUGGUCUGUUGGUUGGUGGGAGUGGCUUCAAUGAUUCCAGACACCACAGCCCACGAUACAAACCCCUUCUCUGCGCAAGCAUCAUCCACUGACCCCUGCUACAGCGAAUCAGGUUCCGCCCGCUACUGUAUUCCAGAGUUCGUUAACGCAGCAUUCGGUCAGGAAGUGACCGUAUCGAGCACCUGUGGCCGUCGCAACUGUGAGCACACCUACCUGACAGAUCUAAACUCUGCCCAGAACCUCACCUGCUGGCAGUCGGAGAUGCUUCGGUCCAUGCCGUUUAACGUCACACUGACACUUUCACUAGGAAAGAAAUUUGAAAUCACUUACAUUAGUUUACAUUUCUGUUCUGAGAAACCGGAUUCCAUGGCUAUUUAUAAAAGCAUGGACUAUGGACGUAGCUGGACACCAUUUCAAUUUUAUUCUUCUCAGUGCCGGCGUGUUUAUGAUCGCCCGAACAGGGCGGAAAUCACCAAACUCAAUGAGCAGGAGCCACUGUGCAUGGAAAUGCCCAACAGUGCUGACUCCAGCAAUGCCAUCCUCGUGUUCAGUACUCUGGAUGGACGACCUUCAAGAACAAACUUUGUCUCCAGCCCUGUUCUCCAGGAUUGGAUCACUGUUACUGACAUACGUGUAACAUUUAACCGCCCGAAAAUGAACAAAGACAUGCGAGAACCCGCCUACUUUUAUGCAAUGUCAGAUUUCCAGGUGGGCGGCAGAUGUAAGUGUAAUGGCCAUGCCCACAGAUGUAUGAGGGACAAAGAUGGGAUGAUGGUCUGUGACUGCAAACACAACACGGAAGGAUCCGAGUGCGACCGAUGCAAACCGUUCCACUAUGAUCGUCCAUGGCAGCGUGCCACGCCCAAAGACGCUAACGAGUGUCUGCCAUGUAACUGUAAUCUACAUGCACGGCGCUGCAGGUUUAACAUGGAGUUGUAUAAGUUAUCAGGACGAAAGAGUGGAGGCGUGUGUAUGAACUGCAGACACAACACAGCUGGACGACACUGUCACUACUGCAAAGAGGGCUACUACAGAGACAUGAGCCGACCAAUCACACACCGCAAAGCCUGCACAGGUGUGUGUGUCGGAGUAAGGGAUGAGCUAAAAGAAUCUUGUGACUGCCACCCGGUGGGAGCUGCAGGUAAGACGUGUAAUCAGACAUCUGGUCAGUGUCAGUGUAAAGACGGAGUGACUGGUCUCACCUGUAAUCGUUGCGCUAAAGGCUACCAGCAGAGCCGCUCACCUGUAGCCCCCUGCAUCAAGAUUCCUGCUAUUCAUCCAACAGCAAUAGUGAGCAGUACAGAAGGACCUGCAGACUGCGAGUCCUACUGCAAACCAGCCAAGGGCAACCUGAAGAUCAACACAAAGAAAUACUGCAAGAAAGACUAUGCCGUCCUGGUGAGUGUGUUGGACAUGGAGACUGUGGGUGACUGGGCAAAGUUCUCCGUCAGCUUGGUGUCAGUGUAUAAGAGCCGAGAGCCACUGAAGAGAGGCGAAAACACGCUGUGGGUGCACAUGAAGGAUUUGGCGUGUAAAUGUCCACGCAUUCACAUGGGGAAACGCUUCCUCAUCCUGGGAUCGGGCGGGGUCGGUGCCAGUGCAGAGAGGGUGGGGCUUACCGCAGAUAAAAACAGCCUGGUCAUACAGUGGAGAGACAUCUGGACUCGACGCCUGCGCAAGUUCCAGCGCAGGGAGAAAAAGGGAAAAUGCAGUGCUGCGGAACACAACCCUGAAGCCUGACCUUUGCCCUCGUGUGUGUGUAGACUGUUGGUCAGCCUUUUGAAGGGACCAUUAAAAAGAACAAGACUCAUGCAGGAACCUUUAUUAUUUAACACACACACAUACACUCAUACACACAGGUGCCCUCGGUUUUCAAGCCUCAAACAUGCAUCAUUAUCAUUAUCAUCAUCAUUCUUAUGGGACUGAAGAACUUUCAAAGUGUGUGUGUGUGUGUGUGUGUGUGUGUGUGUGUGUGUGUGUGUGUGUGUGUGUGUGUUAUAUACAGUGUGCUAGAGUGAGAUUCAUUAACAGUAGAUCCCUCGUUCUCUUAACCACCUUCACACACUGACCUGCUGUGGUUAACGAUCUUCUGCAUUCUCAGGAACAUUCUGGAACAUCUUUAGCUGAACUCUAGGACACCUUUUUGAAAUAACCUGUUUCCCAAAAAUUUUUGAAUGUCACAAUGUGAGAUGUGUUCUAGAACGUCUUUAGAAUGCCAACUGUGCUAUAACACCAGCUGAAUUUUAAGACACUCAGACCUAGACAUAAUUUACCUGCUAGUGUUCUAGAGCACUUCUCCAAGGUUGGCUAAAUUGUUGUAAACAUUCAAACACCUGCUGAGAAUUGUAGAGCAUGUUUAGAAUGCCAACUGUGUUCUAGAGCACCAACUGAAUUCAAGGACACUUUCCAAAAUGUCAACUGAUACUUUUAGCUACAAGACAUUUGCUAUGUCAACUGAUUUCUAUAACAGUUUCUAAACAGCCAAUUAAGUCCUAAAACACCUUCAGAGACGGAGGUGUUCCUAAAACACCUUCAGAGACGGAGGUGUUCCUAAAACAUAUUCAGAACAUGGGUUAUUUGAAUAUUAAAGUAUUUCAACGUUCACCUCAGUGCUAAAAUUUUAGCUGAGUUUUAGAACAUGUUUUGAACAUAAACCAAGUUUUAGAACACAUUUAAAGCAUCACAUGGGGUCUAGAGUACCUUUUAAAGGUCACUGAGGUUCUACAAGACUUUUGAAAAGUCCGUAGAGGUCUACAACACUUUUGUGAAUGUCAGAUGAGAUCUCUUAUGAAGUAAUCAGGGUUCUAGAGCACUUGAUUGUCAUCUAGGUUCUACAAUGGUUUGGGAACGUCAAUUGAGUUCUAGCUCAUGUUAAAACUGAGGACCAGCAUACCUUUUGCCAUCUAAAUUCUACAUCAGUUGUUGUUAUGUUGUCAGCUGAGUUCUAGAAUGCUUUUCAAAUGUCAUCUGUUCUAGAACCCUUUUCGAAAUAACCUCAGUUGUAAAACACAAACAUCAGCUAGCUUGUUGAAAACAUUCAAAUGUCUAGCUGUAGAAGCUCUAGAACAGUUUUUAAAUGUCAGCUGAAUUCUAGCACACUUUCAGAUAUUCAGUGUAUUUCUAGAACUGCAGUUGGUUCUAGAUUUCCUUCCUUCUUCACACACAGCAGGAACACACACAUAACUUAUGUGAAAUCUAUUAAAUGUUUCUGGAAGGAACCUGAGCUACAUUACUAUUGGACUGUUCUGUAUGUUUGUUUCCUGAUUGGCCAGUGAGUUCCUGUUGCCUGGUGACAUCCACCUGCACUGGCGCUGUAAAUAUGGACAACUGUAUCUUUGUUGUGUUUGUUGUUAUAAAGUGACUGACCGUACAGAGAGAAAGUGUCACUCUCCUCACUCUGUGUGUGUGUGUGUGUGUGUGUGUGUGUGUGUGUGUGUGUGUGUGUGUGUGUGUGUGUGUGUGUGUGUGGUGACACACUUCCUUCCAUCUCACUAUUUUCACUGCCAUGACCACUGACUGUUUAAUCCCACACAACAAUAAAUUAUUAGUUAAAUAUCU